AUGGCUAGUGGUUCGCGAAUAUUAUUACCGUUUGCAUUAUGGCCAGAAAAUCCCCCAUCAUUAUCCGUGUCGUCGCUAUUUAUAAAUUUUGCAAGUGACGAUCUCAUAACGGGUACAAAUGAUGGUUUUAUUGUCUGUUGGAAAAUCUUGUCAGAUCAUCAAAAGAUCAUCCCAAGAUUAAUGUUAAUUGGUCAUACAAAUCAGGUUGCAUUUAUUGUUGCUUCAUUAUCAACCCACCAAAUCGAACAAUUUGUUAGCAUUUCAGAUAAUGAUGGAGAAAUAAAAUUAUGGAGUAAUGAAGAUGGUCAUUGUGUUGAACAUAUACGAACCAAUCUUAAACAUCGUUCUGUACAAUGUUUUAAUUAUCAAUUAACAAAUGAAAAUUUUCUCAUAUGUUGCGGUUGUUAUUCAGAAAUACUCAUUUAUGAUAUGCGUACACUUGAAAUUAAAUAUACUCUUACACCAUCAAAUGUUAACGCUGAUUGGAUAUCAGCAUUUUUUGUAUUUCAAAAGGCGAAUGCUCCAGAUGUUAUUAUUGCUAUUGGAUUACUCGAUAGUGGUUGUGUUAAAUUAUGGGCAUUUGAUCCUCGUACAGCUACUUCGAAUACAGCUAUCGAAGGUACCAGCAUAGGAAACAAUAAUAGUCUUGUACCAGUGGAUCUUAAAGAACAUGAAAGUAAAGAAAUUCGAACACAAUUCGGUUCCAUGAUUGUACCGUGCGAUGAAUGUCAAAGAAUGAUGCUCAUUGUUCAUGGUCAAGGUUGGCAUAUAUUUGAUGGAAUCGAUUUUACGGAAUUAUGUUCGUAUGUCAUCGAUGGUAACGACAUUGUUAAAAAUGAACAUUGGAUCAAUGGAUAUUUUCCAACGCAGGAUUUAGUUUUACUUUUUUCUGCUCGAGGUUAUGCGCAUUUUUUUCGUCUUCCAGAAAAUGCAACAUUUACAAAUCCAAAAUUUCGUUCACAACAUAACAAGACUGAUAUGCAAUUGCCACAAUGGUUAUGUAGAUUAAGUGUUGGCAAUGAAUUAAAACUUCCUCUAACACCAACUUUUUCUUGUCAUACAAAAUUAAAACAUUGUCAAAUUUAUCGAGUUGAUGCCUCUGGUCAAAUAUCUGUUUGGCAAAUAAAUCUAAAACAACUUGCAACAUCCAACGAUAUACUUCCAACAAGUUCAAUUUCUUAUAAAGAUAUUUGGGCACAUGCAAUAUCAAAUAUUCGUACUAUACGAAAAAUUCUAAACGAUAUAUUACCAAAUAAAAUAAAUAAAUUAACGGCCUCCUGUCAUUUGAUUACAAAGGAUCGUCUUGGAUUUGGUACUGAUAAUGGAAAGAUUUAUAUCGUACCAGCCUUACAGUUAAUUUCCAGUCUUUUCUUAAAUAAUGAUUAUAAAAAAGAAAAUUUCGAUAUCCAAACACUUGUUGGUCACAAUCAAACGAUAACAUGUUUAAUACAUCCACAUAGUGAAUAUUCACGCUAUGAUAUUAAGCAUUUAGUUAGUGGUAGCAUUGAUCAUUCCAUACGUUUAUGGGAUUUAGAAAAUAGUACACAAUUACAUAUGUUUACCGUACAUUCCGGAUCGAUUCUUAUGUUUCACAUUCCACCGCCUAUGCUUAAUGUUAAAGUGCAAUAUUGUGUAUGUUCAGUAGCUAAUGAUCAUAGUGUUUCAUUGAUUAGUUUAAAAGAACGUAGAUUAAUUCUAUUGGCUAAUCGGCAAUCAUUCCCUGUUGUUGGACUUCGUUGGAGAAUCAAUGAUGAUUUUUUACUGAUAAAAUGUUCCGAUGGAAGUUUAUUUGUUUGGCAUAUUGAAACAGGAAAUCUUGAUCGUAUCGAACAAGGAAUCGUAGCUGAUGAACUAUUUGACUGGUAUAAUGAUCCGAGAAUACUUAAUGGAAGUUCGGAUCUUAACGAUCCAUUGUCAACAGUUAUGGUGCCUGCACAUUAUCUUCAAAUAAGAUCAACAUGGAAAAGAAGAGAUUAUGAUCAAAUUAGGAAAUUAAAUAAAAAAUUCGGUGUUUCACGUCAUGAUUUAAUGGGUAUAUCAUCGUUUAAACAUUCAGAAUAUCGUUUACCAAUCAUCGUUCAACAAUUUCAUACUAAUCUUGGUGACGAUUUAGCAAUGCUUAUUCUUUUUGAUUUACUUCAACUUAUCAGUCAAAUCAUUAUGUUCGAUCUUGAAAAGCAACACGCUCAAAAAACUAAAAACAUUGAAACAGCAAAUAAAGAUACUCGUGCAUCAUUGGAUGAAACAUCAAAAUCACUAUCAACCCUAUCGAAUCUACUGGUUGCAUUACUCCAUCCGUGGUCAUUCAAUAAAAAUGUUGAUCAACUAUGCGAACAACGUCUUCAUCUCAAACGUAUUAAUAGAUUUUCCUCCUUUGGUAUACUAAGUAAAAAUGAUCACUUAACCAUUGUUCUACCUACAUGGCAACAACAUUUAAAUGAUAACAUACCGGAAACCUUUUUGCCACCUCCACCGAAAUUAAUUUCAUUUGCUGAAACAGAUAUUGAAGAUGAAGAAACAUUAAAACAAAAACGAGAACGUAUGGAAACUUAUGUGUAUCAAUGGCGAUGGAAAUACUCUACCAUUCUUAAUACUGAACAUUUAUUAAGUUUAGUUACAAUGGUCUAUAUUUUAAUGAAUUGCGAUCGUUGGAUUAAUAAUAUAUCCAGUGAUCAAGACGAGCAAGUUCUAUUGACACAACGAGAAUGUUGGAGUAAACUGUUGCAAUUCUACUGUUCAGACAUGAUUGAACAAUGUCAAACAACAGCUUUUGAAUCAUUAUCCAUUGAAAUCUUAUGUUCACAUUGGCAAGAUUUAUGUUUAGAAUUGCGUGAUGCUGCUAGAAAAUUAUUAGAAAAAGAGCUUGAUCAUUUACAUAAUAAUACUGAUUCCUGGUACAUAUUUAUUUCUAAAUGGUCGAAUUUAUUUAACCAAUCAUUCAGUAAAGAAAUGGAUGGAGCUUUAUUUGAUCAAGAUAUUCGAGAUAUAUUUGUUGAUGAUAUAUAUUAUAACAAUGAAGUAACAACGACGGCUACAUCGAAAGAACAAUAUAAAGCGCAACAAUUAUUAUCGAUUGUACUUAUUGGUAUUAUCGGUGCACGAUAUGGUCAAGAAAUUGAACCAACAAAACAAUCAUCGGCUCCAAUUAAAGGAUUCACAGUUGACAGUCCAGAAAUGAUUUUAAAAUUGAGUCGUAUUUUAACAAGUCUUUUAUCUCCGUCGAAUUUCGAUCACAUUCCAGUGCACAGUGCUCUUCGUCGAACAGCUACCGAGCUGAUUGGUCGUGGCUAUACUAUAUGGGAGCCAUAUUUAGAUAUUGGACAAGUCCUACUAACACUACUUGAUCUAUGUGCUAUUAGUGACAGUUCAACAGUAACAAGCAAUGUACUUAGCGGAAUAUUAACACAAAAAACUGAUACUUGUUUAACAGCACGAACAGCACUUAAUUUAAUUGCGACAUCUCGUUCAAAUGUAGUUAUAAUAACACUAGCACGCGAGAUCGCUAAAUAUGUUCUUGCACAAUCGGGAACAAUAUCAUCGGUACCAGCGCGUACAGCGACACCAUCACAAACGUCGAUAACCAUAAAAAAUGAACAAAAAACUGAAAUACUUCGUCUCGUUCGAAUUCUUAUUGAAAAAUGUCCACACGAUGUUGCGGAAUUAAUUCUCGAAGUUACUGAUAUUACUUUAAAUUGUAUUGAUUUAAGCGUUCUUCGACAUAGAGGUAUUCAAGCUGUAUCAGAAACAUUUGGAUUACUGUUAAGAUAUCCAAUCGUUACCUAUUGCCAUGACUCGCCAAAAUUAUGUGUUGGCACAAGAACUGGCGUUCUUGCUUUAUACGACUUGAAAACACCCAAAUAUCAAGCAUGCCAAGCUCAUCCAAAAAAUGAGGUUAUUUCAUGUGUAGAAUUUUCACCCGAUGGAAAAUAUCUCGCUUCAUAUUCAGCUUACGAAGGCAUAUUAUAUUUUUGGCAGACCGCAAAUACGUUUUUCGGUUCAACAAGUACGAUUCAUCUUGUAUCAAGACAUGCAGCUCAACGGCUUGAUCGUUCAAUACCAUCACCGAUGAAAAAAGUUGAUCUUACUUGGAUUGAUCGUUCGAGUGUUCGAAUGUUUUGGCAUAUUGAUAAAACUGAAAAGACAUUCAAAGUAUAA